AUGGCUCUGACAGCCACUCAAAAACCGAUUGCCCUACUCAUGCUGCUAACUGUUCUGAUGUGGAUGCGCAAGGAAUCACCGAUCCCAUUACGUUUUCUCAAAUGUGUGAAGGCAUUGAAUAUGAUGGAACUGGAUGCCCCUCAUGUGAUGCAGACGCGCGUCUUAUUAAUGAGGUGCACCUUGAUGACCUAGGCCAUGAGCAUGAAGAAGAAGCUGAGAUAGCUCCAACUAACACUGAUGCAGAAAACUUGGGGGUGGGUGUGUCAGACGUAUUCACGGGCCAAAAGUUUGUCAAUGAGGCACAAAUCGAUGCAGAAGCUGCUGAUCACACAGAGCAGGUCUCAAAAGAUGGCCAUUUAUCUGUGGAUGCACCAAUAAUUACUGGUCAAGUCCCAGUUAACCAUGACAAUGAUGCUGAUCGCCAAAUUACUGUCCAUGAACCAAUUAGCCACACAGAACAGUGGACCACCGCAGAGCAAUUUCAGUUGGAAGAUGCCAACACACCUGAAUCCUUAGUAUCCUUCGGUCAGCCAACACAAGAAUGGGAAGUUAGCCAACAACUUCGAGAUGCUAAUAUUCACCCAGACAGAACCCCCCAUUUUGAUACUAGAGAGCCAUCCCACAAAGUGUGUAUUAGGAGUGGCAGUGAAAUCAUCAAAUUACCUCACACUGGAGCGGAGGCUCAACCUACCAACCUACAGCAGUCUGCCUCCACUGCACAACAGGCUGCCCACACUAUCCAGGUCUCUGAUGCAUCUGCUCUACAGCUGUCUCCCAGGCGCUCGGCGAGAUUUAAAAAAACAGAUGUUUCUACGGAAAAACAUACACUUGUUCGCACCGCCAAGAACAUGGAGAAGGACAAAACCAAUGUCCCAAGCUUUGUGAACCCCAACCAAUUCGGAGCUCCUGGAAAUGUUCUGCAAUGCGGUCAACUACCAGUUAUCGUAAAGAGGAUCAGGAAGAGACCAUUGAAGAUCAUUUCUCCAUUUAAAUUACAUCCUGUUAAGUCUACCAUUUCUCUCAACCACGCCCGAAAACUCCGUGACAUAGUAAUCAACGACCUUGAUCUCAAAAAGACUGGACUUCUUGCUUACGAACCUUCUAAGUUAUAUCUUACUGGCAUGGAUCUCGCAAAAAGCUUCGGCGAUGGGGCAUCAAUGCUACCCAGCUUGAUGGAAUACUACAUAGACAUUCUGCGUCACGAUGAGAUUAAAUUAAGGCCCACGUCGGCUGGGUACAGGAUGUUCCUUCGUUGGUCACUAUCGUUCCACCUUAAUGUCGAUGCUCGGCACGAGACGCAAUCCUUCAAUCCUACUUUCAUUGAGGCACUAUUAAAGGAAGACCUCGCGGAUAAAGACCCUCAAGAUGUUCGCAUGAUAUUAUGGGUAUCCCAUCAGGGCAGUCAUUUCUCAGUUUAUUGUGUGAAUCGUGUUCACAGACGGAUUGACGUCCUCGAUUCAGUUGACUGGAGCACACAACAGACUACAUUUGAGGAUUUUCUUAAGCCUUACUGA